GACGUUGGGUUUCAUUGUCAUUUUGUGUUGCAUACUGAGGUAUCCAAAAACAUGAAGAGUGUCGCUGUUGCAGUUAUAUGCGCUUUGGCUGUAGGCUUUGCAUCCGCUAAACUUAGUGGAUCUGGUACAACCACCCGUUACUGGGACUGCUGCAAACCAUCCUGCUCAUGGAAAGAGAACAGUGGAACUCAUGAUGCUGUUUACUCUUGUGCAGUUGAUGGUGAAACUAAACUGAAUGCUUCCGUGCAUUCUGGAUGUGACUCCGAUGGUACUUCUUACAUGUGUAACGACCUACAACCCUGGGCCGUCAAUGACAGUUUUGCUUAUGGUUUCGUAGCUGCUUCAUUCGCUGGUGGUGUUGACGUUCAAUACUGCAGCGUUUGUCUUAAGCUUACCUUCACCAACGCUCUAUCGGGCAAAACUUUUGUAGUUCAAAACGUUAACACUGGUGGUGACUUGGGAGCUAACCAAUUUGACAUUCAAAUCCCCGGAGGUGGUGUCGGUAUUUUCACCAGAGGUUGUUCAACUCAGUGGGGUGCCGCCGAAUCCGGUUGGGGUCAGCAAUAUGGUGGAGUAUCUUCCGAUGCAGAAUGCAGCGAACUUCCUGAAGUUCUUCAACCUGGUUGCCACUUCAGAUUCGGCUGGUAUGAAAAUGCCGACAACCCACAAGUCAAUUUCGAACAAGUCGAAUGCCCUGAAGAACUUACCAUCAAAACUGGAUCCGAAAAUAACGAUUUGACCAUGACCCUAAAUUAAUUGACAUUUAAAAAAAAAUAAAUCUGUAAAUACA